UUCCCUUGGUCGCCGAACCUCCCUUGCCGGGAGGGAGGGAGCGGCGCCGGCCUCGGCAGGUGUUUCUUUCCCUGGGAUCGGAGGCGGUUUCGCAGCCCCGCUCUCUUGUUUCCUCGGGAGGAAGCGUCCUCCGGCUCCUGCGGGGCGCGAUCCCGCGAACGGGCGCACUUUUGGGGCGGGUGGGGAGACCGAGCUUUUUGGAUCGCCCCGGCAUUGCCUUCCUUCCCGUCAACGGGGCUUCUGGUGAGGAAGCGCCUCUGAAAAGGCUCCAUCCAGGCUGGACAGACUCCCUGAGAAAUUUCGAAUUACUCGUGAACGUGUCCUGAGUGUAUUCUAUGCCUACGCUCGCCAGAUUGAUGCUCCACGAACUGGGAGCAUGCCAGAACUCCGAAAUAAAGCAUUUCCAACUUCUUCUUCUGAAUUAUGAGGCUCUCUUGGAGAUAGACACGGCCCAGCUGGACAAAAUUUAGAAGAAUCCAUCUGGCCUCACCACCUGGGAUUUUUUCCUGUGCUCAAUCUCAUACAUGAUGGAUUGGUCCCCUAACUUCACCAGCUUCUCCGUCACCACUUCGGCAGUGUCAAACCGGACCGGCUCUCCCGUGGACUUCCUUGAAGAGGUUGGAGGACCUUUGUCUGUCUUUAGUGUCUUGAUUUUGACUCUGUUGGCAAUGCUGGUGGUGGCUACUUUUGUUUGGAACCUGUUGGUGCUGGCUACCAUUUUGAGGGUGCGUACCUUCCACCGGGUCCCCCACAACCUGGUCGCCUCCAUGGCUAUCUCGGAUGUGAUGGUGGCUGCCUUGGUGAUGCCUCUCAGCCUGGUGCAUGAGUUGUCUGGACGCCGCUGGCGCCUGGGUAGGAUCCUGUGCCAAGCCUGGAUCUCCUGCGAUGUGUUGUGUUGCACGGCCAGCAUCUGGAACGUCACUGCCAUUGCCCUGGAUCGCUACUGGUCCAUCACCCGGCAUCUGGAGUACACACUGCGGACCCGGCGGCGAAUCUCCAAUAUUAUGAUCGUCCUGACAUGGCUCCUCUCUGCCAUCAUCUCCUUGGCUCCGGUGCUCUUUGGCUGGGGUGAGACCUACUCGGAGGGCAACGAGGAGUGUCAAGUCAGCCGGGAACCUUCUUACACCAUCUUCUCCACCGUUGGAGCUUUUUACUUGCCCCUCUGCGUUGUGCUGUUUGUAUACUGGAAAAUUUACAAGGCAGCCAAAUUCCGCAUCGGAUCCCGGAAGAGCAAUUCCAUCACUCCCAUUAGUCCUGAAGCUCUGGAGGUCAAGGAAGCGUCCCACCAAACUCAGAUGGUGUUCACCGUCCGCCACGCCACGGUGACUUUCCAGACGGAUGGAGACACAUGGAGGGAACAGAAGGAGAAGAAAGCUGCCCUCAUGGUGGGCAUCCUCAUCGGAGUCUUUGUCUUGUGUUGGAUUCCCUUCUUCAUCACUGAACUCAUCCACCCGCUCUGCUCCUGUGAUAUCCCACCCAUCUGGAAAAGCAUUUUCCUUUGGCUCGGCUAUUCCAAUUCCUUCUUCAACCCCCUGAUAUAUACAGCCUUCAACAAGAACUACAACAAUGCCUUCAAGAGUCUGUUCUCUAGGCAACCAUGAAUGACCGGAGGGAAAGGGAUCCAGGUAUAUUUUUUUAAAAAACCCUUCCUCAUCUUGGAGAAAAAGAGAGAGAGAACUAGAGACUAACAGGACCUCUUGGAAGAAUCUUGAGAGGUUAUGAGAUAACUUAAUCAUUUCCUGAUUAAUGCUUUGUUGUUUGGGGGGGAUUUAUAUCUUCUUCUGGAAGGUAGCUAUGGAGAUACUGGUGUUUUCUGCAGCAAUAUUUUGUUUUUCAGAGAACCUACUCUUGCUUCACAAUUCUUGGUCCAAUUGCAGUUCUUAAUGUUGUGUGGCACCUUGCUCCGUGAGUGUGAUGGCCACCCCUUGAAUACAGCCUGUGACGUGUUUUGAAAUGAAUGAUGAUCUUCCCUUCUUGCAGUCCAUGCCCUUUUAUGAAAGGGGAAAUGACCCAUGCUGUGAUGUUAACUCCUUAGAGCAGCCAUUCUCAACAGUGGUCAUAUGGCCCCUUCGGGCACUCCGGCACAUUUGAAAUGGGGCACAGAUUCAUCUGUUUGUGUUGUAUCCUUGUUUGCACACAGCCCAAGGCUUUCCUUGCUUGAAAGGGGCACCUGGAACUUGAGAAGAGCUCCUAAGAGGGCUAUGGUCCAAAAAGGGUUGAGAAGGGUUGCCUUAGAGCAGGGUCUCCAAACUA